AUGGUUCCUCAGUCUGAGGACAAGGUUCCUCAGUCUGAGGACAAGGUUACUCACUCUGAGGACAAGGUUCCUCACUCUGAGGACAAGGUUUCUCACUCUGCGGACAAGGUUCCUCACUCUGAGGACAAGGUUCCUCAGUCUGAAAGUAGGUUCCUCACACUCAGCACAAGGUUCCUGAAACUGAAGACAAAGUUCCUCACUCUGAGAACAAGGUUCCUCACUCUGAGAACAAGGUUCCUCAAUCUGAGGACAAGGUUCCUCACUCUGAGGACAAGGUUCCUCAGUCUGAAAGUAGGUUCCCCACACCGAGGACAAGGUUCCUCACACGGAAGACAAAGUUCCUCACUCUGAGAGCAAGGUUCCUCACUCUGAGGACAAGGUUUCUCACCCUGAGGACAAGUUUUCUCACUCUGAGCACAAGGUUCCUCACACUGAGGAAAAGGUUCCUCUUUCUGAGAACAAGUUUCCUCACUCUGAGGAAAAGGUUCGUCACUCUGAGGACAAGGUUUCUCACUCUGAGGACAAGGUUCCUCACUCUGAGGACAAGGUUCCCCAUUCUGAUGAAAAGGUUGCUCACUCUGAGGACAAACUUUCUCUGUCUGAGGACAAGUUUCCUCACUCUGAGGACAAGGUUAAUCACACUGAGAAAAGGUUCCUCCCUCUGAGAACAAGUUUCUUCCCUUUGAGGACAAGGUUCCUCACUCGGAGGACAAGGUUCCUUACUCUGCGGACAAGGUUCCUUACUCUGAGGACAAGGUUCAUCUCUCUGAGGAUAAGGUUCCUCACUCUGAGGACAAGGUUCGUCACAGUGAGGACAAGGUUCGUCACCCUGAGGACAAGGUUCGUCGCCCUGAGGACAAGGUUCCUCACACUGAGGACAAGGUUUCUAACUCUGAGGAAAAGGUUCCUCACUCUGAGGACAAGGUUCCUCACACUGAGAACAAGGUUCCUCACUCCGAGAACAAGGUUACUCACUCUGAUGAGAAGGUUCCUCACUCUGAGAACAAGUUUCGUGACUCUGAGGACAAGGUUUCUCACUCUGAGCAGAAGGUUCCUCACUCUGAGGACAAAGUUCCUCACACUGACGAAAAGGUUCCACACACUGAGGACGAGUUUCCUCCCUCUCAGGACAAGGUUCCUCACUCUGAGAACAAGGUUCCUCACACUGAGGACAAGGUUCGUCUCUCUGAGAUCAAGGUUCCUCACUCUGAGGACAAGGUUUCUCACUCUGAGGACAAGGUUACUCACACUGAGGAAAAUGUUCUUCCCUCUGAGAAUAAGUUUCCACACUUUGAGGACAAGGUUCCUCACUCUGAGGACAAGGUUCCUCACUCUGAAGACAAGGUUCCUCACUCUGAACACAAGGUUCCUCACUCCGAGGACAAGGUUCCUCACUCUGAUGAGAAGGUUCCUCACUCUGAGAACAAGUUUCGUGACUCUGAGGACAAGGCUUCUCACUCUGAGGAAUAGGUUCCUCACUCUGAGGACAGGGUUCCUCACACUGACAAAAAGGUUCCUCACUGUGAGGACAAGUUUCGUCACUCUGAGGACAAGGUUCCUCACUCUGAGGGCAAGUUUCCUCACUCUGAGGACAAGGUUCCUCACUCUGGUGACAAGGUUCCUCACUCUGAGGAAAAGGUUCCUCAAAAUGAGGACAAGGUUCCUCACCCUGAGGACAAGGUUCCUUACUCUGAGAAGAAGGUUCCUCACUCUGAGGACAAGGUUCCUCACUCUAAGUCAACGUUCCUCACUCUGAAGGCAGAUUCCUCACACUGAGGACAAGGUUCCUCAUUCUGAGGACAAAGUUCCUCCCUCUGAAGACAAGUGUCCUCACACUACCGCCAAGGUUCCUCACACUGAGGACAAGGUUCCUCACUCUGAGAACAAGGUUCGUCACUCUGAGGACAAGGUUCUUCACUGUGAAGGCAGGUUCCUCACUCAGAGAACAAGAUUCCCCACUCUUAUAACAAAGUUCCUCACUCUGGGGACAAGGUUCUUCACUCUGAAGGCAGGUUUCUCACUCUGAGGACAAAGUUCCCCACUCUUAGGAAAAGGUUCCUCACACUGAGUACAAGGUUCCUCACUCUGAGGACAAUGUUCCUCACUCUGAGGACAAGGUUCCUCAAUCUGACGACAAGGUUCCUCACUCGGACGUCAAGGUUCCUCACACUGAGAUCAAGUUUCCUCACUCUGAGGACAGGGUUCCUCUCAAUGGGAAGAAAGCUCCUCGCUCUGAGGACAAGGUUCCUCACUCUGAGGACGAGGUUCCUCACUCUGAAGACAAGGUUCCUUACCCGGAGGACAAGGUUAUUCACUCGCAGGUCAAGGUUCCUCACUCUGAGGACAACGUUCCUCACUCUGAGGUCAAUGUUCCUCAGACUGAGGACAAGGUUCCUCACACUGAAGACAAGGUUCCUCAUACUGAGGACAAGUUUCCUCACUCUGAGAACAAGGUUCGCCACUCUGAGGACAAUGUUCUUCACUGUGAAGGCAGAUUCCUCACUCUGACGACAAGGUUCCCCACUCUCAGGACAAGGGUCCUCACCCUGAGGACAAGGUACCUCACUCUGAGGAAAAGGUUCCUGACUCUGAGGACAAGGUUCAACACUCUGACUACAGGUUUCCUCACUCUGAGGAAAAGGUUCCUAACUCUGAGGAGAAGGUUCUUCACUCUGAACGCAGGUUCCUCACACUGA